CGCUCCACGUCCGCGUCCCGGCGGCUGCGGGAGGAGCCCCGCGAUGAGGACCCGGACCCGGACCCGGACCCGGCGCCGGGGCCCCGCGGCGCCCGCUCCCGCUUCCCUCGGCUCGACAUGGCGGCGGCGGCACCACCGCGACCGCGCAUGCGCCACCGGCCGCCGGCCGCGCCCCGUUACCGGACGGGCUCUUAAAGGGGCCGCGCCCCGCCCGCGCCGCGCCGGGACCCGGCGGCGAUGGAGGCGGCCGCGGGUUGGCGCUACCGGCCGGGCGGGCGUCUCGACAUGAGCCACGGCUUCGUGCGGCACAUCCGCCGCAACCAGCUCGCCAGGGACGCGUACGAGAGAGCGCUGCGGCAGGCGCGGGGCCGCGCCCGGCUCCCCGUGACCCCCCCCCGGCCCCGCCGGCCCGACCAGCCCGUGUACAGGCCCCGGCGGCGCGGGGGUCCCGGGGGUGACACCAGCCCAGGGCCCCCCCCCGACCCCCGCGGGCCGCGGCUCUUCUGCCUUGAGUACGAGGGGGACGACGGCAGCGUCACCAGUGUCAUCGUGCACCAGGGGGACAGCGCAGAGGACGUGACCCAGCGCGUCUGUGCCCGGAGCCCCCUGGAGCCCCCCCUGCGCCGGGCCCUGUGCCAGCGGGUGCAGGACGAGCUCAGGCAGCGCCGGGGCACCGGCUGACACCCCCCGGCCCCCCGUGGGGACACCAACCCCCCGCGGGGUCAAUAAAGGUUCCAUGAGGCUCUGG